AUAUGGGAGGUUCAUGAAUCAUGUAUCCCUGAAUGACUGUACAGGGAUGCUUACCCUCAAAACAGGAUGGAAGAACAGGGCUGUAGUGGAGGCUAAACGCAAGUAAAUGCAGUUUAUCCACCUCUGACAUUUCAGAAACAGAGUUCAUCCACCUCUUAUUAUAGUGUAUCCUCCUCUCAAAAGAGUUUAUUCACCAAUUGCAGCUUUUAACAUUCAAAAAUCACACUGUAUUAUCCACAUUCACAAUAUGUACACUCAUCAACAAUCUAUGAACUAUUUAACACUGGUAUUGUUUAAACAUUGGACAAUAACCUCCACCAUCAUCAAACAUGUUCUGAAUACCUUCUUAUUCCGCAUGGCACAUUCCUCUUUACUGUGAUCACAGAAUUCAUAGUUUAGCCACCUCUAAUUUACCACUACACCGCUGGUCAAAGUCAACAAUGCACUGCAAAAAGAAUGCGUGUGUGUGUGUAUGUGUGUUAUGUGCUUUAUCCUCAUUUUUCAUUAAUUUUAUGUAUUUUAUAGCAUUUUAAAUAAUGUUAAGCCUCCUCGCAAUGUAUCUUUAUGUAGUAAUGCAUGUAAUGUUAUGGAAUGUCAAGUGUAUUUCAAGUACUGCAACCUGUCAACUACUAUAUGUGUGAUCAACCUUUCUCUAUCAGAAAACGUCGGCAAACCAGUAAUCGAUCCCUCCCGAGAGGGAGACCAGAGUACUCUCACCUGUGAAGGAAAAGCCACAGAGUAUAGUAACUACAGCUGGUGGUCAGCAGAUAAUGCUUUGUUGGCUGCUGGUGACCAGCUGAGGGUCAACAAGACCGGCGACCCAAACAGGGGGUACAAGUGUACACUACACAACCCUGUCAGUGAGCAGACCAGUAACACUGCGCUUGAGGAAGAGUUGUUUCCCGCAGCUGUUCCUGUGUAUUGUCCACUCGGUGGGGAAGUUACUUUAAAUUCAGUUGAAAAGCCUGCAGCAUUGUCUAGCAUAGAAUGGAUAUUUAACUCCUCGGAUUCAAUUGUUCUCUGGAAGAACAACACGUUACAUUUUUAUCGGGGAUUUCAGAACCGCACAUAUCUGAAUACUGAAACCGGCCAGAUUACUGUAGGCAGUUUAACAGCCGAAGAUGAUGGUGUCUAUUCAGCCAGGAUAAAUAACAGAGGCCUGGCAAAAAUAUACCAGCUGAAAGUCAUUGCACCUGUGUCCAAGCCAACAAUAACCUCGUCCUGUUCUGCCACUGUUUGUGUGCUGACCUGCAAGACUGAGAGCGCUAAAGUCCAGUGGUGGAUUGGUGGUGUAUGGCAAGAAGGGUCAGCCAAUCUCACUGUUGAGAAGGAAGUCAAUGAAGACCAGAGCUUCAGCUGUAGAGUCAGUAACCCUGUGAGCAGCGAGACCAGUGAUCACAUCUUUGUGAACAAUCUGUUUCACUAUGCACCUGUGUCCAAGCCAACAAUAACCUCGUCCUGUUCUGCCACUGUUUGUGUGCUGACCUGCAAGACUGAGAGCGCUAAAGUCCAGUGGUGGAUUGGUGGUGUAUGGCAAGAAGGGUCAGCCAAUCUCACUGUUGAGAAGGAAGUCAAUGAAGACCAGAGCUUCAGCUGUAGAGUCAGUAACCCUGUGAGCAGCGAGACCAGUGAUCACAUCUUUGUGAACAAUCUGUUUCACUAUGGUCUGGAAACCUGGAAGAUAAUUGUUAUUGUGAUUGCCGUGGUUUGCAUAGUAGCAGUGAUAGGCCUACUGGCAUACAUCAAAAGAGAUACACUGAUGACGCUAUGGAAUAAAUGAUGUGAAUUUUGAAGUAAAGGAGUUCAAGGGUCUUCAUUUUUUAUUGUAUGGUGCGAUGGUGGUAGCAUAGUGCUUAAGGAGCUGGGCUAGCAUGCAGUAACCAGAAAAGUUGUGGGUUCAAUUCCUGGCUUUCACAGUUGUACCCUUGAGCAAGUCACUUAACCCCUAGUUGCCCUGGGGAAACUGACCCUUGUGAUAAAAGCGUCUGCUACAUGUAAAUCAGGGAUUCCCAAACUGUGGUAUGUGUACCACCGGUGGUACACAAGCUUCCACUAGGGGGUACGUGAGAUGUCGGAAAGGUGUUAAAAAAAAAUAUUAAAAAAAAUCUUAAGCCUAUGUUCUCUUUGUUCUUUGUGUUUCAUCAUGUUUCACACUGUCUUUUUAGUGUGAGAGCUUAUAGACCAGUGCACAUUUUGAUUUUGUUAUUUGUUAUCAUGUAGCAUCAUGUAUCAUGUAAUUAAAUGAUGCCUGGAAUGUGUCAAUAGAAUGUGUUAAUGUUUUUAUGUGUCGGAUGGUGGGGGUACGCGAGUCAAGUCAGGAUGUAGGUGGUGGUACGUGGGAAAAAAAAUUGGGAACCGCUGUGCUAAAUGAAUAAAUGUAAAAAUGUAAUAUGGGUACAGGGACAUUGGUGCCAUUUCUUCCAACUUUUUUAUGUGAUGUGAUUUUUAUGUGCCCAGAAUUUCCAUGUAAUGCUAUUGUUACGUCCCUGUGUGUUUUGUAUCAGUGUCUGCUUGCUUUGUUCUGUGUUCUCUGUUUUCUGUUUAUUUCAGACGGUCCCAUGGGCUAAUGACGCUAAAUGAACUACAGGGUGAUUGAGGCACCACCCUUUUAAAAUGAAUGUGUUAUGUGAUGCACAUUUUUGAACUUUUGGGGUUUUGGGUUACUGCUGCUCUGCCACACGUUCCAGCAAUGCCACCACUCCCAGUCCAGUGAUGCCGCUCCUGCCCGCUCUCAGAGUGAGAGUCUGAAAGCUAUGGGCCUUUCAAGGCCUUUUGUUGGAGCUUUG